CAACGGCGGAGGCUGCGCCUGGCUCCCACACGCCAAGAUGGCGGCGCCCGCGGCCUGGAGGGGGAGCUGAGGGAGGGCGCGCGCAGAUACCAUAGCCUUAAGAAUGCAGUUGGUUUAUCAAAGAGCUGGCCCUUGUUCCUCAUGUUUGAAGAGACAAUUAAAUGGCUUCCUGGGAUUAAUUAAAUGGCAGAGAAAACUGGUUCCUGCUUGUGUGAGAACUAUUUACAGUGAGACGGGGAAAUGGGAAAAAAAAUAUGGGUCGGAGACAAGAAAACGAGUUGAAAAUUGGUGGUUCCCAAGAGUAAAGGAUCAGUUCUGCAGAAUUUCAGAAAUUGAUAAAUCAAGACCAAAAUUUUAUGUGCUUUCUAUGUUCCCAUAUCCUUCUGGGAAGCUUCACAUGGGCCAUGUUCGUGUCUACACCAUCAGUGAUGCAGUAGCUCGGUUCCAGAAAAUGAGAGGGAUGCAGGUGAUAAAUCCAAUGGGAUGGGAUGCAUUUGGUUUACCAGCAGAAAAUGCUGCAGUUGAACAUGGCCUUCACCCUGCAAGCUGGACACAAAGUAAUAUUCAACACAUGAGGAGACAGUUUGAUGCACUAGGUCUGUCUUUUACAUGGGAAAGGGAGGUAACCACUUGCUUACCAGAGUACUACAAAUGGACACAAUAUCUCUUUCUUAAGCUUUUUGAAGCUGGAAUAGUGUAUCAAAAAGAGGCCUUGGUUAACUGGGAUCCAGUGGAUCAGACUGUUCUGGCUAAUGAACAGGUAGAUGACAAUGGGUGCUCGUGGCGCUCAGGAGCAAAAGUGGAGCAGAAAUACCUCAAACAGUGGUUUAUCAAGACAACUGCUUAUGCAAAGGCCAUGUUUGAUGCUUUAUCUGAUCUCCCUGAGUGGUAUGGUAUUAAAGAAAUGCAAGCAAAUUGGAUAGGUGACUGCAUUGGGUGUUCUCUUGACUUCUUGCUAAAGGUUAAUGGCAAAGUAACAGAAGAGAAGGUAGCAGCUUACACCUAUACACCUGAAGCCAUUUAUGGAGCUUCCCAUUUAUGUAUCUUACCAACUCACAGACUGCUGCAUGGGAAUAGCAGUUUCAAGGAAGUCUUUCAGAGGGAGUUCAUCCCAGGGAAAGACUCACUUACUUCAGUGACAGCUGUGAAUUUGCUUACCAAUCAGGAGAUUCCUGUAGUCAUCUCAGCAAAAACCAAUUUUGAUAAUUUUCUUGAUACUAAAAUAGGAAUUCCUAGUACUAGUGCAGAAGAUGCUGCAGUAGCUAAGAAUCUGGGUAUUUCUUUCACUGAAGUCAUUGAGACAUUUCCAAAUGGUUUGGAGAAGAUCAUUAAUUCUGCAGAGAUCACUGGCAUGACUCGGCAGGAGGCUUUAGAAGCUAUUACUCAGCAGGCCAAAAAGAAAAAAAUAGGUGGAGACCUAACGAGUGACAAAUUGAGAGACUGGUUAAUAUCUCGGCAGCGGUACUGGGGAACGCCCAUUCCAAUCAUUCACUGCCCGGCAUGUGGCACUGUUCCUGUGCCUUACGAAGAUUUACCUGUGGUGUUGCCCAGUGUGACCACAUUCACAGGAAAGGGAGCCUCACCUUUGGAAAGUGCCCCAGAAUGGGUGAACUGUUCCUGUCCGAGGUGCAAGGCAGCAGCACUGCGAGAAGUUGAUACCAUGGAUACAUUUGUUGAUUCUGCUUGGUACUACCUGAGGUACACAGACCCUCACAACACAGACAGGCCAUUUAAUAGUGACUUAGCAGACUACUGGAUGCCUGUGGAUUUGUACAUCGGAGGAAAGGAGCAUGCAGUUAUGCACUUGUUCUAUGCAAGAUUCUUCAGCCAUUUUUGCCAUGAUCUAAAGAUGACAAAACAUAAGGAGCCUUUCCAUAAGCUCUUGGUUCAAGGUCUUAUCAAGAAUCAAACAUUCAGACUAACAACAACAGGCCAGUGUUUGAAGAGAGAGGAGGUUGAUCUCACUGGAAGUGAACCGGUUCACCUAAAAACUGGUGAGAAACUCCAGGUUGCUUGGGAAAAAAUGAGCAAAUCUAAGCACAAUGGAAUAGACCCUGAGGAAGUAGUGAAAGAGUAUGGCAUUGACACCCUGCGUCUUUACAUUCUGUUUGCUGCUCCUCCAGAACAAGACAUUUUGUGGGAUGCUAAAACUGAUGCCAUGCCCGGUGUUCAGAGAUGGCAGACACGGCUCUGGGCACUUGUAACCAAACUUAUUGAAGCAAGGACUUCAGGAACCAUGCCCAAUCCUGAGCUUCUGAAUAAGAAAGAGAAGGCUGAAGCCAGAAGGAUCUGGGAGCAGAAGAAUCUGGUGAUUUCUGAGGUAACCGAGUACUUCACAAAGGAUCAUUUGUUCAAUGCAGCUAUUUCCCGAUUGAUGAGCCUCACAAAUGUACUCCAUCAAGCUCCUCGGUCUCUUGUUCUCCACAGCACAGAAUUUGAAGAUGCUUUGGCUUCACUCUGCAUUAUGGUUGCACCUAUGGCUCCCCACAUUGCAUCAGAGAUGUGGAAAGGUUUGGCACAUAUUCAGAAUAAACUUUGUACUCAUCAUCGCUGGGAUGUUGAUGUUCUGCAUCAGUCCUGGCCCAAGGUAGACCCAGAUUACCUUCAGCCAUCAGAUGUUGUGGAGAUGUCUGUACUGAUCAAUAACAAAGCUUGCGGCAAAGUUUUUGUGCCUCAGCAAGCAGCCCGCAAUUUUGAAGAAGUCCAUGAGCUCGUUCUUCAAAGUGAACUUGGAGUCAAGCAUCUCCAGGGACGAGCCAUUAAAAAGGCCUUUCUUUCUCCAAGAACUGCCCUUAUCAACUUCUUAGUGCAAGAAUAGUAAAGGCUCUGCUGGGCUGUAAAAGGGAACUGGAAUCUUUUGAGGUGGAAACCAAUGAAAAAACAGCAGUUAUGGUUAUUUCACUUCAUGUAAAGGUGGGAAAGAAAUCUUAUAGAAAUCAGGUUCUUGCUAAAUCUUCCUUUCAGUGUGGAGAAAUGUGCAGAAUUAAAGUUUCUUAUGGAAUCACGCUCAA